GAAAUUAAUGAAUGCUCUUCUAAUCCUUGCCUUACUGGAGACUGUAUCGACAACAUUAAUCAUUACACUUGCCAAUGCUCACCCGGGAUGACUGGUACCAAUUGUGACACAGGUAACUAUAAUUGCAAUCAGAACCCUUGCCAAAAUGGAGGAAAAUGUAAAUUGAUAAAAGGCGGCACUGGAUAUCAAUGUCAAUGUCGACUAGGGUAUCACGGAAAAACUUGUCAGAUACAAAUUUUCGACCCCUGCCAAUCAAAUCCUUGCCAUAGUGGCGUAUGUAUUUCUGAAAAUAAUACCUAUAAAUGCCGAUGUUAUCCUGGUUUUCACGGAGAAAAUUGCGAGCGACAUUACUGUCUACCUAGUCCAUGCCAAAAUGGUUUGUGUUCUGCAAAUGCAACAGGUUAUAAAUGUAUCUGUAAUACUGGAUACUACGGAAAGAGAUGUCAUUUGCUAACAUUUUCUGUCAUGCUAGAUUACUGUCGUCCUGAUCCUUGCCGACUUGGCAUAUGUGUUGUUAAAACAGAUGGCUAUAAAUGUCGUUGCUUACCUGGAUAUCAUGGAACGAACUGUGAUAGAAGUUAUUGCGAUUCCAAUCCAUGCAUUCAUGGUAAAUGUUACAAGACAAUAAACGGUUACCGCUGCCAAUGUAAACCUGGC